AUGAAGCUCAGAGAUUUAACCAACGAUCAGGGAUGCCCUGCAGAGAAAUUUAUUAAUGACAUACCUUUUGAAGCUGAGGGUGGAACAAUAACACCACAUUAUAAACUGACUUAUCAGCCACCUUUGUCUAAUCGUUAUCAUUCAUCCAGUACCUAUUCUAGUCGGCCAAGCUUUCAACUCUCCGCAACACCAGCACCACCGCAGCAGUUGCUACUACUGAACUCCCCUUCGUCAAAUGAAUAUUAUUCGAAUCAUUCAUCUAGUUUCAAUCUUAGCCGCCCAAGUUCUCAAUCAUCCGCAAUAUCAUCACCAUCGCAGCGGUUGCUACUCCAGAACUCCGAAGCUUCAAUUGAACACCACUCCUAG